UUUACUGCUUUCUUUUACACAUCUAAAAUUUUACAGUUAAGGAAAAAAUUUAAAAAAAUUAUGUCUCGCCGUAAUACUCGAUUUUCGCGCUUUGGUAGUGUGUUUCGCAAAAGAAGACGGGAAGGUGCGGAGGACGAUACCGAUGAUACCGACGAAUCCGGUGAAUCGGAAAAUCAAGGCAAUGAAAGUGGGGAACCUGCGUAUACCGAGGAAGAGGAGGUGAUGCCGCCACCCUUAUUAGAGGGCGAAAUGCCAACAUUUUUUCACAUUGGCAUUUUGGCCAAGGAGUGUUUGAUACACGGCUACAAGAUUGGGGCUUGGCAUUUGAGCACCUUGAGCAAGACUAACAAGGACAUUGAUUUAUCUAGCUUUGCCCGUGCCAAACCAGAUUGCGAUACUAUAUUAGGCGGCAUUGGCACACGGUAUAAGCUUGGUCCUCUGUUCCUUACGCACGAUUGGCAAACGGACAACAUUGUUGGCACCAAAGUGGGAAUAUUAAACAAAGCCGCCGGCGGUCAAAUCUUGGCGCUGCUACGUGGCUCCUACGGCAUUGAUAAUGAUGAUGGCUUCAAGCUGGAGGGUCGCUUCGGUUUUGAGCGUUCGCCUCUUAAAACGGAGAUAAUUGCGCCUAUUUAUAAUCUACCCAAGUUAAUGGGUUACGUAUUGGCGCAGCCCCUGGACAAUUGGGUGCUUGCCUAUCGCGCUGUCUAUGAUGUGGACAACAUGGGCUUUGAUAAGCAUGCGGUUUGCGUGGGGUACACCAAUGGUGAUACUGAAGUAGGCCUCAAAUACGAGAAUUUUCAAGACUUGCGCGGCUCCUUAUUCCAGAGACUGGGCGAAAAGUGGGCAGUGGCCUUGAAAGCAAAUCUCUAUGGUGAAGGGGAAAAGAAGUUUGCUGUUGGCGGUCAGUACCGAAUCAAUGAUACCGCUCUUGUUAAGGCCAAAAUACGCCAGGAUUGCCAUUUCGGCCUGGUGUAUCAAAUCAAAUUGGCUAUGAGCACAGAGAUUCUAUAUCAUUUUGGUUUCAAUGCCAAGGAUCCCAUUAACGGUCCGCACAAGCUUGGUGUGUCCUGGAAUUUUAAGGGCUAGAGAUUCUGACUAAUGUAAAUUAUAAUGUGAAAGCUUUAAUAGUAUAAAACAAAAUCAAAUUU